CGUUUACGGAAGUGCAGAAAGAGCACAAUUAAAAACAGACCGGUGGGUCGCUCGGGCGGUUCAACAGCGAUUUCACGUUCGUAAUAUUACUCUUUUAGCUAUGUGUUGUUUUCUAGAGUCUACGAUCAAGUUAAAAGAGGAUUUGGUGAACUUCGUUAGUCCUAGUGUUUAAUGCGCUGCGACUCAAAGCGAAGCUAACAGGGCUCAACACCAGGCUUUAGUCAGCGCACGUUAUUGUUGUGAAGUGAAGACAUCCACCGUGGAUUUGUCCUGCAGCAAUUAACCCAUUCAUCCGUCUCAACUGACAUGGUUCCACCCGGUUUGUUAUUUUGUUCCUUUGUUCAAUCCGCAUGAAGAUUAGCGGUUAUGAGUGCGGAACACGGAUGUGACAUUCCCCACUCCAUCAGAGGAACUACAGGGGGCUCAACUCCUGUUUAGUAACAGCCAGCCAGGUAUCGCUCUACAUCUCCAGCCGAACAUGGAGAAAGAGGUUUUGGAGCAGAUUAUGGCCGCGUUCAGCACGCUGGUGUCGUGGGUGGCUGCUGGUGCCAUGGUGUUCGGUGGCGUGGUGCCCUACAUCCCCCAGUACAGAGACAUCCGCCGGACUCAGAACGCAGAGGGCUUCUCCACCUACGUGUGUCUGGUCCUGCUAGUGGCCAACAUCUUAAGGAUCCUUUUCAGAUUUGGCCACUACUUUGAGACACUACUGCUUUGGCAGAGCAUCAUCAUGAUUGGCACCAUGCUGGUGAUGCUGAACCUGUGCACCAAUGUUCGCUUGGCGGCUGAGCUCAACACCAAGAGACGCUCCUUCCUAGCAACAGACAGUAAGGACGAGGAAGUCCGAAUCCCUAAGAGGCUCUUUUUGGGUAUGUAAAGGUCACACUUUGUCUAGCGUGGAACAUCGGUUGUAGUUCUUUUUCCUCUCCCUCUCCAUUUACGUGUCCCAUGCAUGAUGACCUGGCUAACACCAUCUCCAGUCGGCUUAAGUCAGCCUGGACCCCUAUCAUUUGCAUCUAGUUCCUGAUGUGGCUUUGAAUCAUACAUCCACUGUAUGUCCAUGACUCCCAGUGCUGUGUUACGCUCUUGCAUGUUGCUCCACACACUUUUGAUGAAAGUUAAAGAUGAGCCCUACUGAGCUACAUUUUGAUUGUUGCAUGGUCUAUUUAAAACCAACUAGGAACUAAUGAAACGUUUGUGUGCUCUAAGCUAACAUAGAGCCCCAUGUUUGCAAAGAUUUGUGCUGGUGCACCUAACUCUGACAUGCAUCAACUAAUUUUCCAACCUAAUGUUCAUGUUUUGGUCUGAAUUAAAAUCAACUUUGCACCGGUGUGUAGAUAAUAACCUCGAUUUCUGCAUGCUGGUCUUAUUGUGCAUGUGUUUUCUAAUGACUGACUUGCGUUGAAUGCACCUUUUUAAUAUUGUCUUCUAAACUAGCCUUCAAGUGGGUUUGAACUACACGUAGUUUCAAGUAAGUUCGUAUUUAUGCAGCCUAUAAGAUGUCGAUAAGUCACUAAUUAAAGAUGCAACAGCAAAUCUGCAAACGUAUGGAACUAGGAUUGGGAUAAUAGUACAUGUAAGUUGUACCAAGUUUUGUAACCUGUAACUUUCAUUUUGUAGCAUGUAAUUCUUGUUUCGUAACACGUAACUUCUAUUUUGUAACUUGUAAUUCUCAUUUUGUAACAUGUAACUUUCGUUUUGUUACACGUAACACGAAACUGUAGACUGAGAUUUGUGUUU